UCCUAGCCCCGACCAGCAUGGAUUACCAUAUCCUUAUACCCAUUGUAGCUCUCCUUGUCGUGUCCGUCUCAGCUUUGACUUCUGUCAACAUCGAUUGUGGCUCAUCGUCCUCCUCGCACGAAGACGAAAACGGGAUUUCAUGGUCGGGCGAUGACGACUUAUUCCUGCAGAGUGGGGGUUCGCAGGCGGUGCAAGCUACCAACUCCAUUAACUCUCCAGUCCUGGACUCUCUCAGAGUUUUCACCUCCGGGAAGAAGAACUGCUACAACGUGGAAGUCGUCGAGAAUUCACAGUACUUAAUACGUGCGAGCUUUUACUACGGAAACUACGACAGCAAAGCCUCCCCUCCAACGUUUGACUUGCUGCUGGACGAGAAUCUCUGGGCGGCAGUUGUGUUUGAGAAGGAUGAACCGGUUCAUGAAGAAGUUAUCUACGUGACCAAAUGGCCCAUUGUUAGCGUCUGCGUUGCUCAAACGAAGCGUGGCCAAUUUCCAUUCAUGUCAGCUCUUCAAGUUAGUAGCUUGGAUUCAUCCAUGUAUGCUGGCUUUUCGUCCCCAUCUUUUCUUCAACUGGCAACCAGAGCUGCUUUUGGAUCCAAUAAGACUAUCAGAUACCCAGAUGAUGCUUAUGACCGAAUAUGGGAUCCUAAUGGCGGUAAAAUGAUCCUUGCAAACAAUGCUCCCUCCAUAGAUAUAUCCAUCGCCGACAAUCCACCGGAGGCGGUUCUGCGAAACGCGUUGACAACCUCAAACACAUCGAUCCGGACCGCCAUUCCGGCAGUGCCCUUCCCGCUCUACAUAAACAUGUAUUUCUCCGAAGUGGCUGAACUCAGAUCAACUCAACAGAGAUCCUUCGUGAUGUACUUGGGCAAAGAACCCGUCUCCGACACCAUAUCGCCGCCCUACGGCGGCGUACAUGAAGAGAGUUUCAACUUCACGGUUACUUCCGACACCGUGCUCUCCCUGUCGGCUACUUCCGACUCCACUCUCCCCCCUCUCGUCAACGCCAUGGAGAUCUUCUUGGUUCGCCAACAAACCCAAGAUUCUACCAGCAUAAGUGAUUGGACAGCAUUAGUAGCCCUGCAAAAGACAUUCGCAGUGCUGGAGGAGGGGAGUGAUCCAUGUCUCCCGGCGCCGUUUUCUUGGGACUGGGUCAACUGUAGCACCGACGCAGAACCUCGUAUAACAGCCUUGCAUCUUGCAGGUUAUAGAUUGUCAGGGGAACUUCCAGAAGAUCUUGGUACAAUGGAUGCCCUUGAAUCAAUAGAUCUUGGGAAUAACAGUUUACGUGGUCCUAUUCCAGAGUUCCUCGGCAACCUGCCAAACCUUAAAUAUCUAAAUUUGGCAGAUAAUGAGUUCAGUGGUCCUAUUCCUGCUUCCCUGUCAAGCAACAAAAACUUACAGCUAAUAGUAACUGGAAAUCCAGAUACGUGUGCCACCGGAAAGUCUUGUGAGACGAAAGAUAUUCCGGCGUCUCCUGGGAGUCCACCGCCGGCUAAAUCUUCUACAAGAAAGAAGAAAAAGGGUGGGAAUAAGCUUGGACUAAUACUAGGCAUAACAAUUCCGGUAGGAGUUAUAAUCUGGGGUUUGGUGCUUAGUGUCGUUAUACUGCACUCGAGGAGAAAAAGAGCACCUGUUUCAAUGGCGGCACCCAGCACUGAGCUUGCUAAUCAGCAAACCUCACAAAAGGCAUAG